UCUUCAUUCUCUCUUCCCAGCCCAGAAGAUUAGAAGAAAAACGAAGAAGCUGAAAAACCCUUUCCCCAAUUCUUCUUCGUUUCCGCAAAUGGUUCUCCGUGAAAGCAAUCAGCUCUCGUCCCGUAAACGCCCCUCCAAACCCAACAAUGCCUUCGUUCCUCCCUUUGCUCACCCUCCCAAAAUCCCCAAAACCACCGCAGCCGCCGCCGUUUCGCAGUCAGCGCCGCCGCACCAAUCUCAAAGCACAACCCCUGUCGAUAAAAUGGUUGCAGUUUUAGCUGAUGCCGGUUGCACGCUGAUCAACCCUACUGGUCCUCCGUGCCUCCCGUCCGACCUCCCCAAGCUCCGCCACCGCCUCCACCAUCUCUUCUCAUCCGACUCCACGUUGCGUUCUGAGUUCCUUCAUGGCCUCUGUUCUUAUAUCAACUCCCCCAACAACCUUCGCCGCAUGUUAUCACAUUCAAAUCGUGAUGGUUUGGUUUCGGUGAGAAGUGAAAGCGUGGUUAGAGUACUGUUACUUGUUCCUUCUAUUCAGUCAGACAUUCAAAACAUGUUGCUUGAGAAGCUUCCAGAAUACUUUGAUAUGGACCCUAGUGGGACAUUGCCCUCUCCCCGAUUUGAGGACGAUAUUGCCAGGCUAAUACUGAACCAGUUUCGGUGGCUUGACUUCCUUGUGGAUUCUGAGGCAUUUAUUGAUCGGUUGUUACAAGUAUUGUCAAUUUGCCCCCUUCACUUGAAGAGGGAAAUGAUUGGAUCUUUGCCUGAGAUUAUUGGGGAUCAGAACAACAAAGUUGUGGUAGAUUCACUCCAGCACAUGCUCGAAGAGGAUCCCUCUGUUAUUAUUCCUGUGCUUGAUUGUUUCUCUAAUCUCCAUUUGGACGAGACUUCGAAAGAACAGGUUGUUACAAUAGGAUUAUCUUGCAUUCGAACAGCUGAUAUGGAGCAUAUGCCAUACCUACUCAGAUUCUUAUUGCUCUCUGCCACAAUAUCAAAUACCCGUCGGAUAAUAUCACAUAUCCGGGAACAGUUAAAAUUUGUUGGAGGAUUUAGUUAUCAUGCAACACAGCAGGGUAAAAUGAAAGGGAAGUCAAUUGUAAAAGAUGGGGAGGCUUCAGUUCUUGAUGCCUUGAGGUCAAGUCUUCAAUUUAAUAAACAGAUAAUUUGCGAGGAAGUACUAAAAGAACUGAAAAGCCUUGAGAAAGCUCGGGAUCAUAAGACUAUUGAUAUAUGGCUACUUGUACUAAUAUACAAGAAUGGUGAGUCCUUGCAAAAGAGCAUUGAGAAGUUACUGAAGAAGAAAAUUGUCGAAGGUUAUAUUGAUGAAGCAUUAUUUGAUCAAUGUGUAAAUGGGAAUAAGGCUAUUGCACAGGAUUAUCUUCCCACAUUUAUCUCUAUUUCUGGGUACUUAUUGGCAUGCAAAGAACAAAAGGCACAAGAGUUUGGCAUUCAUAUGUAUAAAUGCUUAUUUGAAGAGUUUGCUGAUAGCUUUUCAAGACAGGAACUUUUAGGAGCAUUAAUCACUCACGUGGGCUCUGGGAUUAAUCAUGAAGUGAGAUCUGGUUUGCAAGCCAUGGUACUCCUUGCCUCCAAGUACUCCCUUGAGUUGAUUCCUCUUUCGUCUCACAUAAUGGGUAUCUUGGAUUAUUUGGAAGGAUUUAGUUUUGAAAACUUGCACCAGGUGUAUGAAGCUUUCAGCGUUCUUGCUCUUUCAGCAAGAUCUAAUGCAGGGUCCAGAUCUUCUAUUUCUAAUGAACUUCUGAUGAUUGUUAGGAAGCAGUUGAGUAAUCCUGAUCUUAAGUAUAAAAAGAUGGGCCUAAUUGGGACAGUUAAGAUAGUUUAUUACUUUGGAGCUGAAGUGAUUAACUCCUCCCAGUCUUCAUCUCAGAAGUCAAAUGUUGAGGAGGCUUUGGAGCUUUUGAAAACAUCUUUGGAAUCUUGCAAACAAAUGACAUUGCCACUAAUUAUGUUUUAUGAUGAAUUGGUUGUGACAUUGAAAAACCGGAGUCUUCAUCCAUCCAUCACAGAAUGGAUCAGCAAACAUAUAGGAGACUUUGAAUCAAAAUAUUUGUCAGAUCUUGAUGGUGGGCAGCUGCCAGUUAAAGAUGUAUAUUGUGGUUUGGAAGGACAAUUGUGGAUGAACCUAGAUGGAGAUAUAUCUCCUAUAUGUGUGAACUUAUUGCCACUUGUUUCCUCUUCAUUGCGGUCUGCUCCAUCAUUGGAAAUACUACCUGCAAAAAUCAGUUUGCUUUCUACAAUUGAGAAAUUGACAAAUCAAGGAUCACUCUUAGGCAUUGAUGCACUUCUUGGCUGCCCUUUACACCUCCCUUCCUCUAAGCUCUUUUCUAUAUCUGUUUGGCAAUCUUUGAACGGGAACCAAAAGCAAAUUAUUAUUCUUUCAUUGUAUUAUGCUGCUAAUUGGAUCCGUGAACUGCUCAAUGCCUUCUGCUCUCAAGUUACCAACAAAUGUGACUAUGUAAGCCAAGGAACAAAGGAGGAGAUAGCUCUUAAACUAUUCAAGCGGUUGAGGAACCUCAUAUUCUUGGAGAGCAUGCUAAAUAAUUGUCUCAGACAAUACCCUUUAUCUCUGCCGGAACUCUGCCCUCUGGAGCCUCCAUCACAAAACCUGCUUAAUCAAACUAGGGAACAUGAGAGAAGCAAUGAGCUUACUAAACGAGAUAUAAGUUCAUCAGAGAGUACUAGAAAGAAAAAGAAAAAGAACCCAGCACUAUCAGCAAGCUCAAAAGAGGAGGGAAAGCUGAGGCAGCAAACUAUCACAGAUGUUCUGAGAAAAGCAGGUGUUAUGCCAAGCCCAGAAGUGCUAACUGAGGAUUUAUCUGGAAUGUGUUCAAAGGGAAGCAUACCAGAGUCAUCAGGGAAUCAUCAAAAUAACCUCAUUUCCCCGCUUAAUGUGGAAAUUUCUUCUGCUGCAAAGUUUCUAGAACCUCAGAGACACAAAUUCAGACCUCUUCUGCUGGAGUGUUUUCCCAUCUUUGCAUUAUCAAAGAAUCAAGACUCUUGCUGCCGAGAUCCAGCUGCUGAGUUACCGCUUCAUCUUUAUCUCCUACGUGAUCUUAGCCAAAAGCUGGAUUAUUGUAGUCCACAACAGAAACAAAUACUGGCCAAACGUGCAAAUCUGCCACCCAGUCUUGGUUGUAUGAAUGUAAUGGACUUCUUAAAUCAUGUUCGCUUGCUGUUUCCUUCUCUUAAAAAAAAUCUUGAUCAUGUGCUUCACAUUCUUAGAGAAGAUACUGAAAUAUGUCAAGAUCAUUGGGAAGUUCAAUCUGCUGCAGCUGGGAACCCAGAUAUAACAGGCAUUCUUUGUUCCACAUCUAAAGUUUCUUACUCUGUCUUAAAGGAGACACUCUGCUGUUUUUCAAAGAUGGUUAACAUUCCGGAGAUUCAGAGGGAAACAGCAGUCCUAACCGAUCUUCUAGAGGCUUUCCAGCCAACCAAAAUUCCAGAUUCCUUCUUUCUAGGCAUGCGCCAUAUUCCUUCUCCUGGGAACAUAGAUUAUUUAUAUUCGGGUGCAUAUUAUUACCUUGAAGAAUUAUUUAGCAUAGCAAGUACAAUUUCUUUUACACUAUCUUCAGAGGUAGUGCUGACUUUAGAAGCAGUUAUAUUGUCAAUCCGAAAGAUUGUAGAUAAAGAUUCAGUUGAAACUGGAAAUAUUAUUCAGAAAGGAUUUAUCAAGGAGCUAUUUUCCUUUUUAUGUGAAAAGCUUGGAACUUCUGCUAAAACACUAUUGACACAAAAGUAUGAUAGUGAAAAUGUUGAAGAGGAUUCGAAAAUCAGACGUGAAUUGGUCCAAAAGAUUCUUCGCAUUUACUUGGAAAAUUGCCAGUCCACCUCUGCUUCUUUGAAUGAGCUUGCUUGCUCUAUAUUGCCCCAGGCGACUUCAAAGUCAAAGACAAGUCAAGUAGAAGAUAAAUGUAGCUUUCCAAGUCUCUGUCCUGCAACAUUCAUUGCUUGGUAUCGGGUGAUGCAUGAACAGAAUGUUGCAACGCUUAAUAAAUUAGUUAAGGAAGUUUGUCAGUUGGAGAAAUCCAAAGCUCGUGACAAUGUGGAAGGUGUGGAUUGCCUACUGAACAGACUGGAACAAUCUGUUAACGUUGUGGUAUCUUUAGUUAGCAUGUGCAAAACUCAUGAUAAGGUCGCUGUUCGUGCAAUGGCUGUCAAGUUCAGCGGGAAGUUUGUUGAUUCUUUCCUCAGAGUUUUUGGGUUUUUGCAGGCUCAAUUUCAAUUGCAUGGAGAGCAAAUAGUCAACCUGGUUCUAGAACUUCAGAAGGCAACAAGAACCAUACAGGCAAUAUGUUCUGAAGCAAAGGGCUUGAAGCAAACUACUAUAACCAGCAAAAUUCCAUCUACAAAGAGAUCUAUGGAGCGCUUCCUCUUUCAUGUCAAGGCUCUCCUUCAUUCUACAUCAAGCGGAUGCACUUUUUGGAUGGGAAAUUUAAAGCAUAAAAACUUGGUGGGAGAUAUAGUGAGCUCCCAAGCGUACAAAGAGGAGGAGGAGGAGGAUGUGGAUGACAAGGAAGAUGAUCCAGAAGCAGCUGAAAAUACAGAGGAGGAUCAAGCAGUGGAUGGUGGUAAUGAAGAAUGAAUGAGUAUCAGACUAUUUUAGAGUACAGUGUCAGUGUGGAUACUAAAGAUUAGAUACACAGUUCUUUUAUGAAGCAUGAGGUGACGACUGACGGGGGUAAUUAGUUGUAUAUAUCUCAUAUCUGGCUAUCUACCCUGUCUUUGCGUUUUUUACAUUUCUGUCAAUAGAUG